AUGGCGGAUCGGGCAGAGCUGGUUUACACUGUGCUGGAGGUGGUGAUCGCCGCGGCGUGUUGCCUGGGUAACGUGCUGGUCGUCUGGGCGCUGUGGCUGUGCGGUGCCAUGAGACGGCAGCCGACGUUCUGCUUCAUCGCCUCGCUGGCCGUGGCCGACUUCCUGGUCGGGGCGGUGGCCAUCCCUGUGGCGAUCCUGGUGGACGGACACGUCCGCGCCACGUUCCAUGGCUGUGUGGCGCUGUGUUCCGUGGUCAUCGUACUGACACAGGCCUCAGUUCACUCGCUGUUGGCCAUCGCCCUGGACCGCUUCUUACGUGUAUACAUCCCACUCAGGUACAAGAAGCUGGUGACCCCGUCUAGGUCGUGGUGUGUGGUGAUUGGCUGCUGGAUGGGGGCGUGUUUUCUGGGCUCAGUCCCCCUGCUGGGCUGGACCAAUCCCCAGUCAGCCUCCUACUACACCUCCUCCUCAUCCUCUUCCUCCAUCUCGUGCCAGUUCAUGGUGGUCAUGUCUAUGUCCUACAUGGUCUUCUUCAACUUCGUCAGCUGCAGCCUGGUGCCCAUGCUCUGCACCUCAGCCCUGUACGCCUACAUCUUCUGGCGAAUCAGCCGCCAGCUGCACAGCAGAGAGGUGGUGUCCAAGCACUACUAUCGCCGCGAGCUCAGCCUGGCGCGCUCUCUCGUCCUGGUGCUGGCAUUAUUCGCCAUCUGCUGGCUGCCCAUUCACCUGCUCAACGUCGCCACCUACUGGGGAUGGCAGGUACCGCAGGGACUGGUGUACAUGGGGAUCAUACUCUCCCACGCCAACUCGGCAGUGAACCCUGUGGUGUACACAUUCAAGGUGCCCAGGAUUCAGAAGGCCUACGUGCGGAUAUUGAGGAGGUGCACUCUGUGGAGUUGUAGAGACAACAACCAGGAACAGAUUGGCUCCUCGCCGGAUAACACAGCGAACGUUGUGAGAGGUUACUGA